CCCCCGGCCCAGUCGUCUCGGUGACACCGGGGCUGGACCCGGAGCUGAUCCAACUGCGAGGCUCCGGGGAGCGCCGGCUCUGGCCCCAUCCUCGGCUCAGCGGGAUUUAUGUAUCAAGGUAAAGAAGCUCUCUGCCUGCAUGCCAAGCCAUGGAGCCCACCAGCAGCACUCCCUCCUCCACCACCCCCUCCUGGGAUGUGUUUCCCCAGAAGAUGCUGGAACCCACAGACAUUGCUGUGCUGGUGCUCUACUUCGUGUUUGUCCUUGCAGUUGGGCUGUGGUCCAUGUGGAAGACACAGCGCAGCACGGUGAAAGGCUAUUUCCUAGCUGGAGGACAGAUGGUUUGGUGGCCUGUGGGUGCAUCCCUGUUUGCCAGCAAUGUUGGAAGUGGUCACUUCAUCGGCCUGGCUGGGUCAGGGGCUGCCUCAGGAAUUGCUGCAACAGCCUACGAGUGGAAUGGGAUGUUUUGUGUUCUGGUGCUGGCCUGGCUGUUCCUGCCCAUUUACAUAGCAGCAGGAGUGACCACCAUGCCCGAGUACCUGCAGAGACGCUUUGGGGGCAGAAGGAUCCAGAUGUUCCUGGCCAUCCUCUACCUGUUCAUCUACAUCUUCACCAAAAUAUCCGUUGACAUGUAUGCUGGGGCUCUCUUCAUCCAGCAAGCCUUGCACUGGGACCUCUACCUGGCAGUUGUGGGGCUGCUGAGCAUCACUGCUGUCUACACCGUGGCGGGUGGCCUGGCAGCUGUGAUUUACACGGAUGCUCUGCAGACCCUCAUCAUGCUGGUCGGGGCUGUGACUCUCAUGGUCUUCAGUUUUAUUGAAGUUGGUGGCCUUGAAGGUCUGCAGACAAAAUACUUUGAUGCCAUCCCCAGCACCCGCAAGGAGAACAGCAGCUGUGGCUUGCCAAGAGAAGAUGCUUUUCACAUCUUCAGAGACCCUGUUAACUCUGACCUUCCCUGGCCAGGAGUUUUGGUGGGAAUGACCAUCCCGUCCCUGUGGUACUGGUGUACAGAUCAGGUCAUCGUUCAGAGGUCUCUUGCUGCUAAAAACCUCUCUCAUGCCAAAGGAGGCUCCUUGAUGACCUCCUACUUGAAAAUUUUGCCCCUCUUUAUGAUGGUGAUGCCAGGCAUGAUCAGCAGGAUUCUCUUCCCAGAUCUGGUGGCUUGUGCAGAUGCAGAAAUUUGCCAAAAGAUCUGUGGCAACCCCUCUGGCUGCUCUGAUAUUGCUUAUCCAAAGCUGGUCAUAGAACUUCUGCCUGUAGGGCUCAGGGGCCUGAUGAUGGCAGUGAUGAUAGCAGCUCUCAUGUCCUCCCUGACUUCCAUCUUCAAUAGUGCCAGCACCAUUUUCACCAUGGACCUCUGGAAACAUUUCCGUCCCCGUUGCUCCGAGUGGGAGCUCAUGAUCGUGGGCAGGGUCUUUGUGCUGCUCCUGACUGUCAUCUCCAUCCUCUGGAUCCCACUGGUCCAGGCUGGCCAGGGAGGGCAGCUCUUCAUUUACAUCCAGUCCAUUAGCUCCUACCUGCAGCCCCCCGUGGCAGUGGUGUUUAUCCUGGGCUGUUUCUGGAGGAGAGCAAAUGAAAAGGGAGCAUUCUGGGGCCUGGUGGUGGGGCUGCUGCUGGGGGUCAUUCGCCUGGUGCUGGAUUUCAUCUACCCCGAGCCCCAGUGUGGUCAGAGUGACCUCAGGCCCAGCCUGGUGAGGUACAUGCACUACCUCUACUUCUCCAUGGUCCUGGCCACCAUCUCCACGCUGACCACGCUGGGGGUCAGCAUGCUGACAGAGCCCCCCUCGGAGGAAAUGAUAAGUCGGCUUACCUGGUUCACACGUGGGGAUCCACCAGUCAAGAAAGACCUAGCAGUCAGCCCUUGCCCUGAUGCUGCAAAAGGAGUGUGUGAAGCUGAGCGCCCAGCUCUCCAGAUUGAUAUAAGCAUUGCUUCUGAAAAUAGUUCAGAUGAUAAUAAAUGUCCGACUAAGGCCAAAGGGAGCUCGAAGGUGGUGACCACUUUGCUGUGGCUCUGCGGGAUGGAGCGCAAAGAGGAGAACGCUGAGAAUACGGCAGAGACAAAACCUGAGCCCCUGCCCAUGGUUUCCCUGGAGGAGAAACCACUGGUGAAACACAUCCUGAACGUCAACCUGCUGCUCUGUGUAUGUGCUGGGAUCUUCCUCUGGGCCUACUUUGCAUAGCAGUCAGCUAUUGGAUUCCAGAUGAUGACAACUAAUUUUAAUCGGUGUACAUAAUAAUAAUAAUUAGCAGAGGAUUAAUGUAAUUCUUAACGCUUUCUAAAUUUUAUUUUCCUUAU